UGCUGCUAUUUCCUUUGUAGCAGACUGGAAAAGCAAUCAGUCCCUCCAUUUGCUUAUUCUGGGUCAGUUGAUUUCUUUAGUUCUGCUUCAGAUACUGCACAAUUUUUCCUGUAACUCAUCACAGAUAACACUUCCGUUACUGUGAAGGAAGUCAACUAGCUCUUCUGAUCUGACAUAUUGUGGUUUCCGAGUCUGCAGCUCUUCAUCUCCAGCCGUAGGCUUGGUAUCUUUUCUUGAGAGGCAGGCGUUUAAACAAACUUCAGGACGAUGAUACGGCGAAAAGCUUCAAAUGCUUCAGAUAAAGAGAAAUGCGUAAAGCCCAAGCGUGCCAGCAGCUUUGGGAGUUUUGACCGGUUUAGACACCAUGGACACGUGGCCAAACCAGAGGACAAAGCUGAGGACAGUGUACAUGAUUCGGAAGCCUCUGGGGAGAAUCCCGCCAAGCCUGGGCAGAAUGGCAGCGGUCUUGGGAAAACCAUGCGGGCCAUUUCCAAAACCAUGAAGAAAAAAAUGGCGCGCAAAUACAUCAAAGCCUUGUCAGAGGAGGCGUGUGAAGACAAUGCAGAAGGCCACCCAGAGCAAGCCAGUGGAGAGCACGAAGCUGAGGGAAGCUGCCUGACACAGUGUGAGUCCAUGGAGAGCCUUCAGAGUUUGAACAGUGGCCAAACUCCAGCCGGUGUCUCAGAUGAAACGAGCAACCGGGACAGUUUAAGAGCGGAUGAGGAUGUGCCUUACACUGGCCCGUUCUGUGGUCGAGCUCGGGUACACACGGACUUCACACCAAGCCCCUACGAUACAGACUCACUGAAGCUCAAGACGGGUGACAUCAUCAAAAUAAUCAACAAGUCAACCAUGGGCACCUGGACAGGAAUGCUGGAUGGCAGAGUGGGGAACUUCAAAUUCAUUUACGUGGAUGUCUUGCCCAAUGAAGAGGAUGCAGCCAAGAAAGUCCGGCCACACAGGAGGAGCACGCAGCCUGUCCCAGAUUCUCUCCAGGAGUUGUUGGAGGGGAUCCAUCUGAAGGAUCUUUAUUCCACCUUCCUUCUGAAUGGCUACCAGAGUCUGGAAGACCUCAAGUACCUCAAGGAGAGUCACCUGAUUGAACUUAACAUCACAGAUGCAGAGCUUAGAUCGAAGAUCCUGACCGCUGCCCAUCAGAACUAUGACAUCCUAAGUGAAGAGGAAGACCAAAACGAUCCCACAACUGAGAAUCAACAAUCCAGCCUCAAGAAUGACCAAUCACAACAGAAGGAUUGCCCCCGGGACUCGGGAUGCUAUGCCACUUCGGAAAUCUCCGACAACGGGAAAGAGGAUUUGGAAAUGGAGCAUGUGCCAGAGAUGAUUGAAGAUGUCUCCCUUGACAACUGAUUGCAAUAGAUAAAAACAAGUUGCACAAACCCUGUAACAAUUCAGUGGACAGCAGUGGAUGCAGAGGGAUGUUUUUUAGUCUUUUUGUUCUUACUGUUAGCUCAUUUGAAUUAAACCUGGUCCCUUUUAUUUAAUCUGAACAUAUACAGGCAUGGUUUAAGAGCUACCAUGCAGUCGCUGGAAAACACAGAAACUUGUUAACAGAUUUGCUGAUUUUUUUUUUAGAGAUACAGCACAGUAACAGGCCAGACGAAGCUGCAUUGCCCAAUUACAUCCAUAACACCCACACAUUGUUGGAAUGUGGGAGGAAAUUGGAACACCUGUAGGAAACCCACGCAGUCACAGGGAAAGUAUGCAAACACCUUACAGACGGCAGCAGGACUUGAACCCAAGCUGCUGGUGUUACGCUACCUGCUGCCCAUAUACAAUUUGCACUAAUUGAAUGGCCCAAAGAGUUAUUUAUUGGAAACUCAAUAACUGCCCACAAGGAUGAGGACUGGCCAAAGCUUUAAUGGGUGUGCAAGUGGAAAAGCAAGGCUCUGCAGUGUGAAAAUAUUCUCUGCUACUUUGUUUGCAGUGAUGUUUGUCUGUCACAUCCGACAAUGACAGGAGAGUUUUUGAAGUAGAACGGCCACUGCACUGGGGCAGUUCCCCCUCUCGAUCCCAGAAGUUUGGGUCUAGUGCUAUGAGUAGUCAUCACAAACUGGGACCUUCCUUCACUGCAGUGGAUGACCAUGAAUUCUUCUGUGCCUUGUCCUGCCCAUCACUCCGCAAAGCGUUGCAACACGCCCUUCUUGGCCGUUGAAUCUCACUGUUAGUCUCAUCCACCCAGUCCGCUGAAGCUGACUUCACAUGCUAGGGCAGGCAUGUCCCUAUCUCACCGGGGUAUGAGGCCCGCCAGCUACCCUCACCUGCUUCAGCCCGCCUGUCGAAGCGAUGUACCGGGGUGCGGCCGCUGUCGCGUACAAGCAGCUACUCAGAGCCAUUAGUGACAGCUGAGUGUCCAGUGGAGGCCAAGGGUGAGUGAGCUGCCCCAGAAGGACGUGACGAGCUCUUUACCAGAAUUGCUACCUGUCCCCGGACACGCCAUGCACGCCACUUACUUUGCAGUGGACAGCAGUUGGAUCUGUACAACCUGUCUGGCAUCUUGACAUAACAAAACAUGGCGACCAUGUUUCCAAAUUGAACUGCAAAUCUUGUCCCCAGUUUGGAUGCAGAUCAGAACAGAGCAUGUAGAACAAAUGAAACAGAAUAGGAAAAGUCAUUCAGCCCAUCAUGUCUGCACCACCCAUUAUGCCAAUGUAACUAACUCUAUAUGCUAGAAGGGGGAACUGGUGCAGUCUUGGACUGAGGAAGUAGAUGAUGGGAGAAAGGCUUCCAAAGCAUAUAAUUAUGCCAUACUAUUAACAUUCCUUUUAAUGGGAAAACCAUUGUAAUGUCAAAGUUCUCACUAAAUGCAAUGAUAUGAAAGUUAGGUUGAGUCCAAUAGUGCCACAUGAUUGAUGAUAAUUGUUGGCAUGACUAAAAGUUUGAUGUUACUGUUCCUGUCUGCUCACUAGUGGCCUGAUAAGGCCGUUAUGUAGAUACCUCACUUUCACAGCCAGUUGGAAGGUGAAGACAUGUUUUAUUGUUGGAUUGACAGAUUCUUGACUGUGAGUUUUAUCUUCCUAAAAAACAAAGCUUUGUCAACAAGCAAACAAAAGUGCUCAGAUGAAAAAGGCGGAAGUGUAUAUACUUUUUCAUUUUCUAAUGUCUUUUAUUCCUGGAUCUCACUGGAAAUGAAUGUAGAGAUAAAGGAAUAUCCUAGUUGAAACAGAGAUGUAGAAAUGAAUGUGUAAAAUCAUUUUAACCCUUCCUUGCCACAUAAAAUCAUUCAAACCUGAUGCUGCCAGGACUUGAGGACCUGAGUUAUAGGGAAAAAUUGAAUAGUUUAGGACUUUAUUUCCUGGAGCGUAGGAGCACGAGGAGAGAUUUGAUAGAAACAAACAAAAUUAUGAGGGAUAUAAAUAGACAGGGUAACUGCAAGCAGGCUUUUUUCACUGAGGUUGGGUGAAACUAGAGCUAGAGUUCAUGGGUUAAGGGUGAAAGGUGAAAUGUUUAAGAGAAACAUGAAGGGGAACCUCUUUACAGAGGGUGGUAGGAGUGUGGAAUGAGCUACCGGCACAAAUGGUGGAUGCAGGUUUGAUUUCAACAUUUAAGAGAAAAUUGGCGAGGUACAUGGAUGGGAGAGGUGUAGAGGACUAUGGUCUGGCUGCAGGUCUGUGGGACUAGGAAACAAUAUUUUGGCAUGGACUAGAAGGGAUGAAAGACCUAUUUCUAUGAUGUAGUGUUCUAUGACUCAAUAACUCUAUAACCCUCCCCUCCCGCACAAACAUCCCUUCCACAUAAGUAUAAGGGUAACAUUUUCACAGUAUCUUUUAGAAACUCCUGACCUUCUGCAGCAAUGGAAGUGGACCUUCCACCAAAGGUACUGAAGGAAAUGUGUACAACCUGACAUAAAUGGAUUGUAUAAGUUGGGUAUGCCGCUGUGAACAGCUGUGCAAGAGACAGACGGGUUAGACCUGAGUACACACCUGAGAAAAGUUGUGUAAGGGCAUGUGGGUUAGACCUGGAUAUACCUUCAGAAAGAUAUGUGUGAGAGACGGAUGGGUUAGACCUGGAUACACCUCUGGGAAAGGUGUGUAAGAGGCAGAUGGGUUAGGCCUCAUCAAAGAGAGGGGUUCGUUAGUACAUUUUUUUUUUCAUAAGCUCUUAAAAGGUAUAUGCAAAAAAAUGUGCAUUGCAUGAGUUUUGUUCUGUGUGAUAUCCCUAUUCCUCUGUACAGUUUCAAUGAUCAAUGACUUGAUCAAUGACUGAACUUUUUAGAAUGAAUAUUUAUUUGACUUUUCUGUUUUAAACUUGUAGGUUGGAAAUCACUUUGGUGUGAUUGUAUGAUAAACAUUUCCUGAACUGUCCAAUGCAUUUUGCUAUAUUUCAUAUUUCUCAUCUUUAACAAGUUGUAAUAUUUUAUAUUCCUUGAAUAAAGUUCAGUGAA